CGCUCCCUUUAUUUAUUACACUUUCGUGUUGAAGCCCGAUUUGCCUCCGCUGCACCGUUUUAAUGGCUGUUUAGACUAAUAUAAGUAAUUGCUGGCUUAAUCCGAGUUUGCUUCUUCCUCCGCCGUGCCUUGGUUGAUCGCGUCGAGGUUUUAAGGAACGGGGAGUAUAAAUUGCACCCGACAUGCUUCCCCUGCAAAAGCUGCUGUGUGUGUCUGAACGCGUGCGAACCUACAGAGCAAUGCUGACGCCGCCGACGACGUUCCCGGCGGCUGGGGCGCUCUCGGAGCAGGCCGAGACCGCGGCUAUCGUGUCCGCCCUCACGCACGUCAUCGCCAGCGGCCGCGGCCCGCCGGCGCCCGCGCCACCGCUGGUCAUGCCGUGCCACCCGGGUGUCCAGCAGCUCGGCGCGUCCACGUCGUCCCGAGGAACAGAGGCGCCGCCGCGCAAGUAUCGCGGCGUGAGGCGGCGGCCGUGGGGCAAAUGGGCGGCUGAGAUCCGUGACCCACAGAAGGCGGCGCGGGUGUGGCUUGGCACGUUCGCCACCGCCGAGGACGCGGCGCGCGCGUACGACGCCGCCGCGCUCCGCUUCCGCGGGAGCCGCGCCAAGCUCAACUUCCCCGAGGACGCUGCGGCCGCCACCGCGCGCCGCGCCAGGGAUGCCGCGACGGCCGCGGCGGCGGCGUCCUCGAAGCCGGCCGCGCUGCUGGAGUCGCAGGACGGCGACGUCAUGGACUACCUGGACUACUCCAAGAUCCUCGCGGAGCCGGAGCCGAGCAACGUGAUGGGCCGACUGUUGGGCGGCGACGGGAACGGACGGUUCCUGGGGUCGUGGAGCAUCGGGACGUCGCCGGCGUCGUCUGCGUCGAGCGCGUCGCUCGCCGGGGCAGGACCCGCCUCCGCUGCUCUGUUUCAGUGCGGCAGCGGCUUGAAGCAGAGCAGUGAGAGUUCGUCGCAUAGGGGUUACUAGCCAAAGGUUGUCAACCUCUUAGGGAGAGAAGCGUGGGCGAUUCCCGAUGAUAAACGAGCAAAAGAGAAGACCGGCGAAAUUUCCCGCCUUUCGGUGCGCGUCGUACUUCACACUUUCAUCCUAUGCAUGCAUAAGUUCUGUCACAUCGUGAGCAGCAAGUCAGAUGGGGGUUGGGGGGCCAGCGAAGGUCACUUUCUUGGACUGAUGAGCCAGAGCCGAGAGAUGUGGAAUUUUGGGUUCAAUUGCAUUCAUCAGCAAGCAACUAAAGACGAAGAUUUAUGAUUUUCUUUUAGUAGUGCCAUGUAGGUUCUUGGUUUUCAUCGAGGUCAGUUUCUAAACUGAAGCUCUCUAACUCAGCUAGCUAGCAAAGUUACUAGAGCUAGAUAGUGUUCAUUUUAAAUUACUUCCAGGAGGAAAAUAAAUCAUCUAUAAUGAACAAGAUGCAUUAGUUAUCCAUUUAUUCGUAAUGAUGUGUUGUAUAUAAAGGUGUUGUAUGGACUAAGAGUAUUAUUUCUUAGCUUUGCUUUUCA